AAUGAUCUUAUCUAUCUUCCGUUCCCCACAAGACGCGCAUAACCCACGUACAUCUGUCUAUUCACUUCUUGUCAUCAUUUGAGUAUUUGACUCAUUUCCUUCCUUCCUUCCUUCUUAAGAAAUACAUUUCCAACAAUUACAUAAAACACAAAUUUUCUUCUGAUUAAUAUUCACCAGUUCUUUCUUGUAUAAACCAAAAUUCCACCAAUUACCGAUUAACUUCCUGUCCAAAUGGAUCAGCAAAUCAUUCAGCAGCCAUUGCUUCAAGAGAGCGUAAAAAGUGAAGCAGGGGAAGGUGAGAGUCAAAGAUGGAGCUCUUAUCAAUACUUAGGAAGUACAAAUGCAGCAAUUCCUACCGCAUCAAUGGCUGGUGCUAAACUCAGCGUUGAGGAAAUUCGAAGCGCGGCUUCGUACCCGGACUCACAUUACCCACCUUCUCUCCAUGCUCCAUUAAUCUCUUCUCCUGAUUCGUACUCGUAUUCUGAUGAACAAGCUAUUGAACAACCAAAUGGUUAUGGAAGAGAUUGUGGCAGAGAUGUCAAUGUGUUUCAAAGACAAGUAUUGGAUGAAGUGGAGAUAAGAGAGGUUCUCACUGAUCAUGUUGGUCAUCGUUGUUGCUGGGGAAGUCGUCCUGCUCGAACAUGGAAGAUACAGAUGGUGGAAGACUGCAAUGUAUAUGUAGGGACUUUGGAUACUUUUAUAGAGGAGAGGGAAGUCAUUAAUGAACGCCUUCCUUAUCAUGGUGGCAAUGUUGAUGGAAAAAAUAGUGGCCUUGAACCCGGCAUUUGGGAAUUGGACCUUAGGUCUCAGUUCCCUGUUCUAUUCACACCAGAAAAAGAAACAAGAAUCAAAGUUCCACAUUCAGAAGCCAUUGAGAAGUGCCCUGGUUGUGAUGGUCGAGGGGAUACUCCUUGUCCGACGUGCAAUGCAGAUCAAGAACUUGGUUAUUACAAAGAAAAUCAGAUGAAUCCGUGCAAUUCUUGUUAUGGAAGGGGCUUAAUUGCUCAUAGAGAUGGGUCUGACACAAUUUGCUUGCAGUGCAAUGGCAAAGGCAAGAUACCUUGUGCUAUUUGCAGCUCUCGUGGAUUGAUAAAAUGCACUGUAUGUCAAGGUAGUGGCUCUCUUCUUGCUCGAAGUAUUGCAAUCAUUAAAUGGAAAACACUUUCAACUCGAAAAGUAAGCGCUACAAAAGGAGCGGCCUCAGUACCUGAUGAUGUCUUCCAUAGAGCUAAAGGAGAGCAACUAUGCAAUAUGCAAGCUUAUCAAUGUACACCAGCCUAUUUUGCGGAUUCCUACUUUCUAAACAAAUUUUCGUCUGAAGUUAUUGCUGAUAGGGCUCCUGUUCAGCCUACUGCUAGGGUCAUUUGUGAACGGCAUACCAUAUCUGUUGUGCCAGUGACUCGCAUCACCAUGUCUCAUUCUAGUCGUACCUUCAGUUUCUAUAUUAUUGGUUUCAGCAGAGAGGUUUAUCUAAAAGAUCGCUACCCAGCCAAAUUUUGCUGGGGCCUGUGUCCAUGUUUGGAAUGGCUUAAUAUAUAGUUGGAAUUGUGUGAA